AUCGACCGGCACACAGCUGAGUUUGUUUACCAACAGUAUCGCUCGAGCUCUUCAAUCGCACACGAUGAAAGCAUCGCUAACCAUUCUGACAAGACGCUUCUACAGCAGCCAGGAGGUAGCCAGAAAAUGGAUCUAUGCCAAAACAUUCCGGGGUGAGCCGACGCACGCCAACUUUCGACUGGAAACGGAACCCAUUCCAGCGCUACGGGAGGGCGAGUUUCUGGCCGAGGCCGAGUACCUCUCGGUCGACCCGUACAUGCGACCGUACAUGCUCGCCUAUCCGGAGGGUUCGCUGAUGAUCGGUGGCCAGGUGGCACGGGUGAUCGCAAGUUCGCACCCGCGCUUUCCGAUCGGGGCGACCAUUUUCGGCCAGUUCGGGUGGCGUACGCACACGGUGUGCAAUCCGGACCAGGUGGAGAAGGACAAGCCGUACGUGCUGCCCGACUUUGGCACUCUCCCGACCAGCCUAGGGCUCGGGCUGCUGGGGAUGCCGGGCAAUACGGCUUACUUCGGGCUGCGGGAGCUGUGUCAGCCCAAGCCGGGCGAAACGGUUGUGGUGAGUGGGGCGGCCGGAGCCGUCGGCAGUGCCGUGGGCCAGCUUGCCAAAAUCACGGGUUGCCGCGCGGUCGGGGUGGCCGGGUCCGAUGCAAAGUGCGAAUGGCUGCUGAAGCUAGGAUUCGACAGUGCCAUCAACUACAAGCACAACAACGUGUACGCGGACCUGAAGAAGGCGGCCCCCGGUGGCAUCGAUUGCUACUUCGACAACGUGGGCGGGGAAAUCAGCGAGGCCGUCAUCAAGCAGAUGAACGUAGCCGGCCGGAUUGCGGUGUGCGGGGCCAUCUCGAACUACAACACGUCGGUGGCGAAGGUGACCGAUCCGCAGCGGCAGUUCGUGUUCAAGCAGCUGCGCAUGGAAGGGUUUCUCGUGUGGCGCUGGAAUGACCGUUGGAUGGAGGGCAUCGAGGCCAACCUGCGGCUGAUACGGGAGGGUAAGCUACGGUACGAGGAAACGAUCACCGAGGGAUUCGAUAAGAUGCCCGAUGCGUUCAUCGAUAUGCUGCGCGGAGGCAACACGGGCAAAGCGGUCGUGAAGGUGUAAAAGAUAGCGAACGAAUGCGCGUGUGGUAGUGAUGAAGCAUAAACGCCAAAAUGGUUAAUCUCUCUCUCGACGAUGUGUAAAUAAAGCGAAGUUGCUCGCCA